AGCCGAGCGAAAACUGUAUCGAGUAAAACGCCGGCGUGGCGCCGCUCUCAGGUUUCUCUCUGGUUUUUGCACGAAAAAUGGGGACGGUCGUCUGACAGACUGUUUGACGCGCAAAAUGUUUGGAAUCUCCGAAAUGACUUGUCGCUUUGUUGAGAAAUAUCGCGUUGACAAACAAUGGCACAGUUUCUCCGAGUGUGCAAACCGGAAAUCUGUUGCGUGGCCAGAAGUUACGGGACUCGGAGGUACCAGCAGAAUCAUUAUGAGACUUUAAAUCUUUCGUCCGAUGCGUCACAGAAAGAGAUCAGACAAGCUUUUAUCAGAUUGUCGAAACAACUGCAUCCUGAUACCAGUGGGAAACAAGAUCAUGCUGAUUUCGUGAGGUUGAACGAGGCGUACAAGAUUCUGGGAAAGGAAAAUACGAGGCGUCAGUACGAUUUUGAUUUGAAAUAUAGCAGAUGCAACCCAUCCUACAUAUACAAUUCACAGAACACACAAUAUGGAAGUCAAUGGGAAUACGAAGUGCGUGCGGCAGGAGGACCGUGGCCGCCAUCUCAGAAAAAGCCAGACGCACAUUUUGGCGUCCUAAUAGCUCUCGCGUGUUUUGGAUUGGGGUUACUCCAAGCUGUUUUCAUGAUGUAUUCUAUCAAUGUGAGAAAGACAGCACUUUUGCGAAACGCUCGAAUAGAAAACGAAUACCAACAAAUUCGAGACUCGGCGCACAUUAAAACCAGUCAGUUUGCCAUAAGGGAUCUUAAUUCCUUAGAGAAUCUUAACGAGUACCUGACUCAAAAGAAUAGUAAAUGUUAGCAAAAAGUAUAUUAGAAAUUAAAAAGUGGCAGUUACAUUAG